AUGGAACGGCCUCAAGCAGGUGCUCUGGGAGACGUUCCAAUACCAAGGGAGAGGACGCCCUCACCCUUGCGUGCGGUGGGAGAUGUUAGAUCGGCACCAGCUCCAGCCAGGGAUUUUGAUAUCUCACCCGACACCACCGAUGUGAUCUAUGCAGAAGAUGAGGAGGUCUUCCGAGAAACAGCCGUUCGAGAGCUGCUGAAGUUGGGAUUCCUUAGGCAAAAUAUUCGCGAGGCCGACAAUGGCCUCGAAGCGUUAGAGCACCUCGCGCGCUUCCAAAACGAGGGCCACAUCACAAAGCCCCUUCUGGUGCUUCUGGAUGUCAGAAUGCCUGGCAUGGACGGGCGAGAAUGUGCAUUGCAGAUUCAAGAGCUUGUGAAACAGAAGCAGCUUCGAAGGGAACCGUAUGUGGUAUGCAUCUCUUCCAUUGCGAGACAGGUAGAGGUUGAUGAAGGAGGUGGCAAUUUUCAAAUUGUGUUGCCAAAGCCUAUAACAGUCCAAUUCAUUGAGGAUUCCUUUGAACACCUCAGACAAUGGUGGACAUUAGGUUUCGGUCGACAGCUUCCAGCUUGGAAGAACUUUAAAGCUGAAUCGAUCGAUAUUAUAGCAGCUGAUGAGGAGCCUGUAUGCCGAAUGGCAUCACAACUGGCUUUUGUACAGGUGGGUGUGCAGCAAGCUGCAGUGGUCGAUGUGGAAUCAGAGGAAGAGCUCAUAGAACAGCUGGCCGAAGUGCAGGCAGGGGAUCAGACCCGCCCUUUGAUCCUCUUGCUGGGAAAAGAGGAGUGGGCGAGCCAGGUGUACGAGUGGGUCGAGGAGCAAAAGCGUGGACAGGCCUUGCGGCGUGCCCCCUUUGUGGUUUGCACCUCUGUGGAUAGUGAUCGCAUUGGGGCCUCCGUGUCCAAUGAACUCUUUCAUGCGUUCCUGCCACGAAAUUUUGUGCAGAAGGACGUCAAGUGGAGUCUUGAAUAUUGCAGGCAAGCGAGGGGCCAUCGAGAGGAAGUGGAGCGAUGCUGUGAAACCUCAGUCUCUCCCUUGUCGUCGCAUCGCUUCCGCUAUCUUUCGCUACAACGUUUGGAAGUAGCACUACUACAUUACUUUGCACAUCUUUGCAUUGCCUUACAUAAUCUGUGCAUGUUGCAUGAUUUUACAACAUGUUAA